AUGGCAAAGCUCGCAGUCUACUUAGCCACCUUCGUCCUCGUUUUGUUCAUCGCCCAUGCUUCGAUCACAACUGUGACGGUCAACGAGGACGGAAGCACAUGGAGGCCGUCUAGGCAAUCACAGAGCAGAUGUCAAGAGCAGAUAAGGGAGCAAGACCAUCUCCAGGACUGCCAGAAAUAUAUGGAGGAACAGUGUGGUGGUGGUAGAAGCAGGCUCAAUAGACAAUGCAGCGGGUACCUUGACUCUUGCUGCUGGCAGCUCGAGAAGAUGGAUAACCAAUGCCGAUGCCCCGGUCUAAAACAUGCCGCGAUGCAACAAAUGAAAGGGCAAAUGGAAACAGAAGAGAUGCAAGAGUUGUACGAGGCUGCUGAGAAAAUUAUGUCUAAAUGUGAUAAGGAGCCUAGGAGGUGUGAUUUCCAUCUCGCGACAGGGUCUGAAGGACCAAAUCCGCAGCUAAAUUGCUGA